AUGGGCUCAGCUCUGUGGGUCGUGGUAACCUCCCUCCUUGGCAUCGGAUUCCUCGCGAUCAUCAAGAACGAAAGGCCGGAAGAGACGUCGCUCAUGCAACACGUCUUGGUCCUGGGCGAGGCGCCAUCCAACCAUCGCACGCCAAAUUUGCCUCUGGUGCCAGACGGCGGCCAUGUGAUGAUGCUGCACACCCUCCCGACCGUCUUGGCUCUCGGCGCCCUGGCCGCCGUUGUCAACAGUGCAUUUACUCCCGCAACCUACUAUGACAUUAUCGAGGACAUGCUAAUCGACCCUCGCUCGGGCUAUGGGGCCGUCGGAAUUUUCAUCCAGACCUGUGACGACAACCUUGGCAUUGUUAACCCCGGAGGCCCAGGCCCAACUAACCCCACAAACGAUAUUGUUGCCAACGCUCCCGAAUGGAUCCGCACCCUCUUCCACGACUGUGCCAGUUAUGAUGCUAGCACCGGCACUGGCGGAUGCGAUGCAUCUGUCCAGUUUGAGACCACUCGACCCGAGAAUGUUGGCUCGGCCAUUCGCGACACGAUCGGCCUGCUGCCCAAGCCCGUCGGCAUCUCGUUCGCCGACGUCCUCGUCGUUGCUGCGGUUGCGUCUAUCAAGAACGUCACCACUCACACCAAUCAGUUCUCGCGCAUGGGCUUUACCAAGCAAGAGAUGAUCAGCCUGAUUGCCUGUGGACACACUGUGGGACGAGUCCAUGGUGUCGACAAACCCGAGUUGGUCAAGGGACAGCCCACCGUGCCCUUCGAUCAUACUCCCUUUGUUUUCGACAACGACGUGGCCGUGAGCUACCUAAACAGCACCACCCCCAACGCUCUUGUCAACGGACCCACUGCCGCCCAGCGAUCUGACUUUGACAUCUUCAACUCGGAUGGAAACGCGACCAUGAUUGGGUAG